GGUAGGUUGGUACGAGCAGGAGUCAGCGAUUACCGCGUUUUGUCUCAUCAUCCGUGUGCAUUAUUUGACGCCGUCACGAGAUGCGCGCGGCUCUGCUUUGAUUGACAGAACGAUAUUUGCGCAUAUCUGCACGGAGUGCUGUCGCGAAAGGGAUGCGUUCGGGAUUUUUUUUGUUUGGCAGCAUCCGUUAUGUAGUUUCCACUUGCAUUCCAUUAGUUCUUGCAUUCCAGAAUAAGUUCUGAGAAGGUUGUUUGCAUGUAACGUUAGCUCAACUGCAUCGCAUUGCAUUACGUUACAUUGCAUUCGAGUUGCACGAGGCUUUGAAGCACAAAUAUGGGAUUGCCUGCGCUAGAGUUCAGCGACUGUUAUCUGGACAGCCCGCAGUUCCGAGAGAGGCUGAAGUCUCACGAACUGGAACUGGAGAAGACAAACAAGUUCAUCAAGGAGCUUAUCAAGGAUGGAAAAGCUUUAAUUCAAGCACUUAAAAAUUUGUCCACUGCAAAGAGGAAAUUUGCAGAGUCGCUGAACGAGUUUAAAUUUCAGUGCAUUGGUGAUGCAGAGACAGAUGAUGAGAUAUGCAUUGCCAAAUCGCUGCAGGAGUUUGCUGGUGUUUUACAGAACCUGGAGGAUGAGAGAACACGGAUGAUUGAAAACGCAAAUGACGUGUUGAUUUUGCCCCUGGAGAGAUUCAGGAAGGAGCAGAUUGGAGCAGCAAAGGAGGCGAAAAAGAAAUAUGACAAAGAAACAGAGAAGUACUGUGCAGUGCUGGAGAAACACCUGAGCCUGUCCGCCAAGAAGAAGGAAGCCCACCUUCAUGAAGCAGAUAACCAGGUGGAUCACGUGAGGCAUCACUUCUACGAGGUCUCGCUGGAAUACGUCUUUAAAGUCCAGGAGGUUCAGGAGAGGAAGAUGUUUGAGUUUGUGGAACCGUUGCUGGCGUUUCUACAGGGUCUCUUCACGUAUUAUCAUCAUGGGUACGAACUGGCCAAAGACUUUAACCAUUUCAAGACAGACCUCACCAUCAGCAUUCAAAAUACGAGGAACCGGUUCGAGAGCACGAGAUCAGAGGUGGAAUGCCUGAUGAAGAAGAUGAAAGAAAACCCGCACGAACACAAGAGCAUCAGCCCGCACACCAUGGAGGGAUACCUGUGUGUGCAGGAGAAACGUUCCUUCGUGUCCACCUGGGUGAAGUACUACUGCAUCUACCAUCGAGAGCCCAAGCGCAUGACCCUGCUACUCUUCGAUCAGAAGUCUGGGGGUAAAACUGGAGAUGAAGAAAGCUUCACACUCAAAUCCUGCACCCGGAGGAAAACGGACUCCAUUGAGAAGAGGUUCUGCUUUGACAUCGAAGCCACAGACCGGCCUGGGGUGAUCACCAUGCAGGCUAUGUCGGAGGAAGACCGCAGACUCUGGAUGGAAGCCAUGGACGGAAGAGAGCCGGUUUACACCUUGAAUCGUGACAGCCAGAAUGAAGCCAUGGCUCAGCUGGAUGUCAUCGGCUUCAACGUCAUCAAAAAGUUCAUCUAUGCCGUGGAAACGAGAGGUAUUGAUGAACAGGGGCUGUACAGGAUCGUUGGUGUGAACUCCAGAGUUCAGAAACUGAUCAGCAUGGCAAUGGACCCCAAAACCUGUGCGGAUGUUGAGCUGGACAGCACAGAGUGGGAGAUCAAGACCAUCACCAGCGCUAUAAAGCACUAUCUGAGGAUGUUGCCAGCGCCGCUGAUGACAUACCAGUAUCAGAGGAGCUUCAUCAAAGCAGCCAAACUAGACAAUCCUGAAGCGAGGGUGGCGGAGAUUCACUCCAUAGUGCACCGUCUCCCAGAGAAGAACCGACAGAUGCUGGAACUUCUUAUGAAACACUUGGCCAAAGUGGCCAGUCACCACCAGCAGAAUCUGAUGACAGUAGCAAACCUCGGCGUGGUGUUCGGCCCAACGCUGUUGAGACCCCAGGAGGAGACGGUGGCCGCCAUCAUGGACAUCAAAUUCCAGAACAUUGUGAUCGAAAUCCUGAUCGAGAACCAUGAACGGAUAUUUAAAGACAUGCCGGUGUGUGGAGGAGGACAAGGAAACUCCCAACUCAACCUGCCCAGACGUAAAAGUGCUGACAACAAGCCCCCGUCCUGCAGCGAGAGACCCCUCACUCUAUUUCACACCCCAUCAUUCUCAGACAAAGACAAAGUGGAGAAGAGGAACAGUGUGAUGGUAAACUCCAGCACAGAGUCUCAGACGCUCAACUGUAACAACACACACAACUGGACCCGACUCAACAGCUCGACCACCGGAGACCAAGAUGGCCUUCUGCCACCCAAACAACAAAGCCGGCCUACUUCACUUCAAAACCCAAAAGCUCGCAGCAACUCGUCCACCAGUGGCAGUCCAGCUUCACCCAGCCCCGCCUCUCCACGCUCCCCCUCCUGGCCGAUGUUCUCUGCCCCCUCCAGCCCUCAGCUGGCCUCUUCCAGUGAAUCCUCUCCCAUCAGCCCUCCGCUACGAAGCGCUCGUGCCCUGUACGCCUGUAAGGCUGAACAUGACUCUGAGCUGUCCUUUAUCGCCGGGACCGUCUUUGAGAACGUUCACAAGUCAAGGGAACCCGGCUGGUUGGAAGGCACUUUGGAUGGGAAAACAGGGUUAAUCCCAGAGAACUAUGUGGAGUUUUUCUAGUUGGAAGGGACUUUGGAUUCGAGUCGAGACAGGCGGGGUCACGUUUUGAAAAGAUCCUGAACUCAAACACAGAAAGUUAGUAUGCCAUGUGAUACUAUGGGUUUUGGCAACCGUGGCAUUCCCCUAGCGUGUCAUUAUACAGCGUCUGCCACAGUUUAAAUAAAACCAGUUCAACCCAAGGUAAAAGAGAAAAUAAACCCUGGGACCAACAUGUUGCUGCCUAAACCACAAUCUUUACAUUUUAUAACAGUGGCUCCUUAUGAGGAAUGAUGGACAACAGCGCUAUUAUGUGUGAGCACUUGCCAUGUGCUGUUUCUAUGCAGUCUAGAGGUUUCUUGAAUGUCUUUCAGAUGCUUGUUUUGAUCUGUUUUGUUUAGAACUACUAAGACGAACAGUUCCUGUUAACUGGGGGGAAAACUCUUGCACUCUUUUGUAUUUGAGGAAGCAAUUUUCAUUUUUACGAUUUCCUUUUUUAGCCUGUAAGUAAAAAGUGUGUACAAUAUUUCUUAAUGUGAAUUAAUGUCAUAUGUAAAGCACUCUUAUUUAUGAUGCAUCAUCUCUCAAAGGAGUUUUGUGUUCUGGAGUGAAUUAACUUUGUACAUAAGUUACAAUUGUUGAGGUAUAAUUUGAUUUUUGUAAAAUGUGAAUGAUAUAUUUUUAUCGUUGCAUACUAACUUAAUUUUUGGACGUCCCAAUUGAGCUUACAUAUUUUUAAAAGAGAAAAUUGUGUAAAAUUUUAUGAGCCUUAAUAUUCUUUAGUAU